AUCCGCGUGCGUCUCCUUCCACGCGCCUCACGCACUGUUUGCCCGUGACUCCGGCGUUGCUGUGUCAUGCUGGACGAGUAGAGAUCCUUCCCUCCCUCCCUCCUUCUUUGUGCUGCCCUUUGCGCCUGCGACACAACCUCAGCCUCUGCGACGCACCGCUCACCUCUGACAGAUUCACUUGUGGACAGGACGCACGGGACCUUUACGUAGACGCAUACAGGCCAUAGAGACGAUUGGCUUCAAAGGACAUGCGCCCACACUGGACACAUAUUCAAACAGACUUUUGGACAGACUGUGGAGAACUUUUGGCAUUGGGAUUAGAAGCCCCCUCCUUCUGCCUAUGUUGACAUUAACUCUUUGGAGAUGUGGUCUGCCAUGUCGGAACUCGUUUGUACGGAUAACAAACUUUUAUUACUUGGUUCUUCGACAGAUUUCCAAUGCAUUUCUGAAAUAAACCAGGACCAUAGAACCUCUGUCAGCUGUGAACUGCUCUUACUACCAGGCAGCUGAGGCUAAAGUUGAUAUUUUAUAAGUGAAGUAAAAGUACUAUAUAGUAUUUGGUGGAAUUGCUACUCAAAGUACACAGUUUGGUGGUUAGGUCUAGUAAACUUGCCAUUCAACUAACAAAAAAAACAUCUGAAUGUCUACUGUGUCAACAUGAAGCUUAGAUGUAGUAGUAGUAGUAGUAGUACACAGUAGUAGUAAGUUGCUAUAACUUAAGUAUUCAAACAGUUAACUUAAUAUAACUGACUAAAUGUAACUCUCCACUGCCUACCUCUUCUGUUGUAAAUUAUAAAAAAUACAUAGUAUGGCCACUAGGAAGUUUUUUGAGUUUUCAUCAAAGCCAUGCCCAAACCGGUGCCGUUGGACAUAGGUGGAUACGUGAGGUGUCUUGGAGCUGCAGAAAGACUUUUUGGACAGAGUUUGCACAGUAUUUACCCAGAAUGCAUUGCCCCAAGAGGAAGAAGCGUCCGUCCUGCGAGUCCGACUUCUCUGCUAUCGUGGUGCCUUCCAUGCAUGGGUCUGGGUACCUGGACUACACUGUGGAGAACCAUGCCUCCAAAUGUCUGAGCGUAAUGGACCAGCUCAGAAGACAGGAGGCGCUGUGUGACUUGGUGCUGCAUGUGGCAUACAAAGACACUGUUGUGGAUUUUAAGGUGCAUAAGGUGGUGCUAGCGUCCUGCAGCUCGUACUUCAGAGCCAUGUUUACCAGUCACUUCAGAGAGUUUGCUGCAUCAGAGGUGACCCUUCGUGACGUCUGCCCCCAGGUGGUGGGGAGACUCAUCGACUUCGCCUACACCACCCGCAUCACCGUGGGGGAGAAGUGCGUGCUGCAUGUGCUCCUGGGGGCUAUGAGGUACCAGGUUGAGGACGUGGCCAAAGCGUGCUGUGACUUCCUCACCAAGCACCUGGAGCCGUCCAACGUGAUCGGCAUCGCACGCUUUGCAGACGAGAUCGGCUGCACAGAGCUGCUGCAGAGGAGCCGCAAGUACAUCAACACUCAUUUCUGCGAGGUGACUAAAGAGGAGGAGUUCCUGAGUCUGUCCCACUGUCAGCUGUUGGAGCUUAUCAGCCACGAGAGCCUCAAGGUGCUCUGUGAGUCAGAGGUGUACAAAGCAUGCACAGACUGGGUGCGCCAUGACAUGGAGGUGCGCUCUCAGUACCUCCACGCUCUCCUCAACGCAAUGCACAUCUAUGCACUGCCCCCCAAGUUCCUCAAGAACCAGCUGCAGUCCUGCCCCAUCCUCAGCAAGGCCAACUCUUGUAAAGACUUCCUGUCAAAGAUCUUCCAGGACAUGACCCUGCGCAGAGUGCCCCCUCCUCCGCUGAGAGGCUGUCAGCUCAUCUACGUGGCUGGAGGGUACAAUGGCCGCUACAGGCAGCAGUCCUUGUCCACUCUGGAGGCCUAUGACCCCAGGAGGAACUUGUGGAUCCCUCUGGCCGACAUGGGAGCGCCCUGCAGCGGCCUGGGAGCCUGCACCCUCUUCGGACUGCUCUACACCGUGGGUGGGAGGAACCUGUCUCUUCAGAAUAACGCGGAGUCCAGUGCGUUGUGUUGCUAUAACCCCAUGACCAAUCAGUGGAGGCCGCGCGAGCCCCUGAACAUGCCCAGGAACAGGGUGGGUGUGGCCGAGUUGGAUGGGUGCAUCUACGCUGUGGGGGGGGCCCAUGGUUCCACACACCACAGCACAGUGGAGAGGUGGGACCCAGAGACCAACCGCUGGACCUAUGUGAGCUCCAUGACGGUGGCCCGUCUGGGGGCAGGGGUCACAAGCUGUGGGGGGGCUCUCUACGUGGUGGGGGGCUUCGAUGGGCAGAACCGAUGGAACAGUGCGGAGAAGUACCAGCCUGACGCCAAUGCCUGGAUACAGCUAGCUCCAAUGAGCACAGUGCGCAGCGGGCUGGGCCUGGUGUGCAUCGGCUCUUAUCUCUAUGCCGUUGGAGGCUAUGACGGGCUCCGGCAGCUGUCGUCAGUGGAGCGGUACCACAUCGGCAGGAACGUGUGGGAGUCCCGGGCCCCCAUGGAGCACAGCCGCAGUGCCCAUGGAGUCACUGUGCACUCCGGAUGCAUCUAUGUCUUUGGUGGCUUCAACCAGAGCGGCUUCCUGUCCAGUGUGGAGUGCUACUGCCCGGACCGCAAUGAGUGGACCACGGUCACACAGAUGUCCAUGGGCCGCAGCGGGAUGGGCGUGGCCGUUACCAUGGAGCCCUGCCCCGGGAGCUUGCCUGAGCUGGAGGAGGAGCAGGAGGAAGGGGGAGCAGCCAGGUAGCACUCAGCCACCACCAGAGGGAGACUAUGAGCCGCUUCUGUCAUCUGCUGUAAAGGACAAGGACUAUAGUUUGGUUAGGUUGUGUUUGAGAAUUUGAUGUCAACAUUUCAGAUGGACGGCAUGGGUUAAAUUAAUGUAACUUUUAUUUAUUGUUCUUAUUUGGAAAUUUCCUCUUCUGCAUUUGACCCAUCUUUUGACGUUGCACCUGAAAAGUGGGCAGGUACCUUUCUCAAGAUGUUUAUGUACGUUAAUAGAUUACGUUCACGUUCUAAAAUUUGAUGAUGCUAUAAUUUCAGAUGGAGGACAGGGGCCUAAUGAUACGUUGCAGUGACAUCAUGCUGGGGGCGUUCUGCCUCUAUGCUUAUGGUGGUUUGUUCAGCAGUUACCAUAGUGACAGAACACACACAUUAGCAAACACUGCCAAAAACGUUUUAAGGAAGAAGAGAAAAAAAACCAACAAAACAUUUUCAGGAACCUGUGAACAAUAUGAGCGUUCCUGUUCGGUGUCUGACUGUCAAUAAAAAAAGGCAAGAGAGACUAACUGAAAAACUGUUGGCUAAUACUAGCUAGCUUGUGACAAAUUUUACGUGAGAGAGACUUGUUUAACAGCACAAAUCAGCUCACCUGUUGUAAUUCCAGCCAAGUCAGUUCUGUGUGGCCAGAUUGUGUUAAAACAAAACUCAGAUUAAAGUCUGACUUGAGUAACAGAGCUUCAGACAGGGCAGUGCCUCCAGUUAGCUUCACCUCCCAGGGAAUGUUGAUGACAUCAGCUCCAAAGUAUCACAUAUGACCUUACAGGAGAUUUACUGUUUUUUUAAAGAAGUAUACAAAGUUAUGAAAACAUGCCAUGUUAAUCUUAUGGGUUUUAGGCCAUUCAAAUGACAACAAUCACAUCUUUGGGGUUUGAAAAAUGGCACUACUUCCUGAAGAUAUUGUGGAAAAAAAAAACUUUUGUUCAUUCACGCUAACAGAGAAGACGUCAAACUUUUUUGUUUCAUAUGAAUAGGCCCAGUAAUUACACAGAUAUUAACCAUAAACCAGUUAACACAUCUGUAAUCUGACAGUUACACAGCAAAUUCCACCAGAGAAUCAUGAUCCGUCUCCAGCUCAGGUUAAACUACAGGGAUUCAAGAAUGUUGUGAUGCCACGUGAACGCAGUAUAUUGUUAGGAGUACCUCGCUGGAGGAUUUUCCUAUUAGGAAAAUUGGAGGACCCGGAGGAGACUCAAAUACGGGAAGAAAUGGUCUGGGAAUAGAACCAGGAAUCUUCUUGCUGUUGGCGAAUGUGCUGCUUGUGCCAUCAUAUAUCCAAAUGUGUUUUUAAGGAUUACGUCUACAAACUCGUCUCACUUAUUGUACAAAAUACAAUUACAUAAUAAUUCAAGGUAAUAUAAUUAAAAUAGUAAUUAUAGUAGUAGUAUAGUAAUUAUAAAGGUACACUGUGUAACUCUUCUGGUAGAAGGUCACAUGUUGUUUUUUUAAAAUGCUAAUAGCUGAUAUAUUGGUCUGUCUGUAUUUUUUAAGCGGCAGUAUUAGUAUUGAGCUUUCUACCACGUUAUAACAUUUUUCCCUCAUGAAAAACUUGCCUGAAGAGUUUUUACAUGUCAUCCAUGCAUGUUUUAGUAAUUUAGUGAUCUCUCCCGAGCCCUAUUCGAACCCUCCUUACGGUUAGCGGUAAGAUUCUCUACAAGGCUCCGCCCACAAGAUUCUGUGCAUGCUCCCACAUGACAAUUUUCCAUAAACAUAUAAAUACAUAAACACAAAACUGUACAAAGUAACUUCACAAACCUGAUGUGAUGCGCAGUAGUUUCAUUAGUGGGAUGCAGUUGAUUAUGUUAUGAUAUUGCUCUGAAGGGGGAGUGACGUAGCACAGAGAGCAAAGCAAAAACUUAUACUUACUGCGUUGUUUUUGGCAAAUAUUUUCAAAACAAUAACAGGUAUCCUCUCUUUAAGGUAUUUUUAGCAAUAAUUAAAUAAAUACUACAUAGAUACGUUGAAUGCCUUACUGUGGAAUAUUCGAGUCAACACAAUCUCCAUGGAGACAGCAGAUGGAGUGGCCGCCACCAGAAAAGCUACACAGUACACUUUUAAAAACAAAACAUGACUCUGCCUUAAAAUGUUGACAUCACAUGACAUUUUGGUGUAUCAUUUUUCAGCUGUUUUCAAUAGACGUGAUCUUGAAUACGUGGGUACUUAACGCACAAACUGACCUAUGAACCACAGUGUUGCAAGAAGCCAAAAUGAUGCUAUAUUUGACUUUUUAAUUGUAAAGUAAUUUAAUUUGUAAAAAAAAACAAACGAUAUAUACAUAUUAAGUGUGAUUUUGUAAUUAUCUUUUUGUAUUGUGCGUCUACCUCUGCUCGGAUCAGAUUUCGUAUGGUCUGUCGCGUUUUCACUCACUUUUGUAAUUAUUGUAAAGUGAUUUGUACAAAUAAAUGUGAUUGAACUGAA